CUUAAGUUGGUUUUGCUAUUUAAAUAUUAUAAACCGUUUAAUUUUAGCUUGCGUUGUGUUAACUUUAGUGACACUACUGGGGCGUGUUGUCACAAAAGCACAAAGCUUUAUUCAACGGUCAAUACAGGGUAUUUUUCAACUGGCUAUUAACGGUGAAAAUGUUCAAUAGCAUGCUGCAACCAAGCCUCCAGUGUCUCUUAAUCAACCCUGAGAAAUAUUCAGUGUGACAACUAGCCUCUUCUCUCUAUUCGUGUGUGUGUGUGUGUGUGUGCGCGCCGUGUGUGUGUUGGUGCUGAAGUUGCAUUGCAGGGGUGGGACUCCUGCAUUCAGAUCUUCAUCAUGCGCAGAGGAAAACCCAGACUCACUUCAGAUCGGAUCUAAACGCGCGUCAGAAGCGAUCGGGACCCGCUCGUGCACCUGACGCGUUACUGCGCGUUAAUUGAUGGACGAGAGUGCGCGCGAGCAGGAGCGGGAGAAACAGACACUGCUGAAGGUGGCACUAUGUCUGUGCAGGGUCAGGAUAUUUCUGAAUAUCAUCUGAGCGUGGUGCUGAACCCGCCUGGCUGGGAGGUGUGUUUGUUUGUGUUUGGCUUCCUGGUUCUGUUUGCUGUGGUUAUCGUGAAUCUGUGGAAAUUAUAUAAAUCCGGCUCCUUCCCGACACCAUCUCCGUACCCAAACUUCCACUACCGCUACCUUCAGGAGAAAUAUGGCUCCUCCCACUCUGAGAUCAGACAGAAGCGAGUUGCAGCUUCCAACCAGCGGAGGGCGUCCUCUGCGAGCCGAAAGCCGAGUCUCCAGCUGCUGGAUACUCCGGACGGUCUUCGGGAUCUGGGAACGCUGGAGCUGAUGAGUCGAGAGCUGGAUCCGAGCGGAGGCUCUCUGAACCGCUCGGCGUCCUCUGAAUCGCUCUGCUCCAUCUCCUCCGUCGCGCAGACCUUCGGGCACGACUUCACGGUGGGACAGCUGGAGAUCACACUGGAGGUGGACCCUCGGGCUUCGCUCCUGCUCGUCUCUCUACACCAAGGUAAAGACCUGUUGGAGAAGGAGGAGGAGAACUUCCUGGGCUGCUACAUCACCGUCACGCUGGUCCCUCAGCAGAUCAGCCUGGGAGCCACGCAGGUCCAGAGAAAUGCCUUCACCGUGAUGUUUGAUGAGCGCUUCUCUGUUCCGUUGGAUUCAGUAAAUCUGGAGGAGAACAGUCUGCGGUUCUCCACCUUUGGUGUGGAUUCAGAUGAGAGGAACAUCAGUGCCGGAGUGGCCGAACUCAAACUGUCGGAUCUGGACCUGGCUUUCCGGCCGUUUAACGCCUGGCUCUACUUGCAGGACAUUAACAAGGCUGUGGAUGCUGUCGGCGAGAUCCUGUUGUCUCUCAGUUAUUUGCCGACUGCAGAACGUCUCACAGUGGUCAUCGCUAAAGCCAAGAACCUGGUCUGGACUAAUGGAAAGACCACAGCAGAUCCGUUUGUGAAAGUGUACCUGCUCCAGGACGGCAGGAAGAUCAGUAAAAAGAAGACAUCCAUAAAAAGAGAUGAUACUAAUCCUAUCUUCAACGAGGCUAUGAUCUUUUCAGUGCCAGCCAUCGUCCUGCAGGAUCUCUCUCUGAGAGUGACGGUGGCUGAGAACACAGAGGACGGCCGUGGUGAAAACGUGGGUCAUGUGAUCAUCGGACCAGAAGCCAGUGGAAUGGGAAUAACUCACUGGAACCAGAUGCUGGCGACUCUGCGGAAACCGGUUUCAAUGUGGCACCCUCUCCGGAGGACCUAAGUCCUUGAGUCACGACCCCUGACCUCUGACUCCUGUCUGCAUGGUGCCUACUGUGUAACUGUCCUAACAGUAAAGACUUUGAAUAUGAAGAGAAAGUCUUUGUGUCUCACCUGUCCCGAGGAUGGAUGGAACUGUAAUGAGAGAAAGAGGAAUCAGCGGCUCAAGGAUGUCUCAUCUGUAAGGGUCUUUGAAAUCCAGGUUUUCUUAUCCAGGUUAACUUCAUUUCUACAUAUAUUAACAGGGUGGCUGGUUGUGUGCUGCAGCCUUUGCGUGGAGUAUGAAAUGUUACAGAAAUUGUAGCCACAUUCUGUUGGACUAAGCAUUAAAAAAAAAAAAGAAGAAUUAUUAGUUUGGCCAUACAUAUUUAUUAUAAUUAUUAGUAUUAUUAUUAUUGGGAUUUUUAAUAGGUUUAUUUUUCUCUGCUUAAACACAUAAAAAUAACAAAUACACGGUAUAACUUCAGGAUAUUCUGUCUAUUUUCUCAGGCAAGUGCAAUGACACUUAUUAGCCUAAUAGUGGCACCGUGGAGCCACAUAACUAUCUUAGACGCAGCAUUGAGGUGCUCUGUUUUACUUAUUUUUGUUAAUUUAUUUGUUCUUUUAUUUUAAGAUAAUUUAGUAAAUUGAAUCAGUUUAUUUAUGUAUUAAUUCAUUUAUUUUGGCUAAUGCGUUUUACCACUAGGGGGCGUGCAAGUACUUUAUAAUAUCAGUGUUGGGGAAGUUGCUGGAAAAAAAAAAGUGGUCUUUUAAUAAUUACCUCUUAUGUUUUGCAAAGGAAUGUGAUUACUAGUUGCUCCGAAACAGUAGUAACAUUACAUAUUAUUUUAAUGAAUCAAUUCAGUUAAUCAUUUCCGAAAUCCAAGCGUAAAAAGAUUACUUUCACAUGGCCAAUUUGUCAAAAUCAGAUUGCAGCUCGCUGUGCCUGAGGUUUUUUGUUUCUUUUUCUUUUCUUUUUUUACUUUCAUUACUUUGGGUUUAUAACAAGCAUAUUACAGUACAAAGCGUUUUCCAUUUCACAAGAGAGCCACUCUUUUCUGCCGCUGUCACACUCGGUUAGCAUGUCAAAAUGUAAGAAAGUGCUUUUUGAUCAAUAGCAUAUUUGUUGUUGGAUCUUAAAUAUAGUUGUUAAAUUAGCCUUAGUACAUUAAAAUCAUAUAUGUAGCGCAAGUAACUUGAAAAUAGUAACUACCGGAUUACUGACAAAUAAAAAGUAAUCCCUCACUUUAUUUCAUCACAAGAUCAUGUACUUUGUAGUUUUGUACUUUGUAAUGCAUUACCCCGACACUGCAUAACAUCCACGCAUUCAUAUCAAACUGGAAUAUGUAUAAACCGAUAUAUAUUUCCUUCCACAGUUUUCUUCGGCACGAAAGAAAAUGUAAAGAUGUUUUAACUGCCGCAAUAAUUAAAUCUUUUGAUGACAGAAUGUAGAAACUUCAUACCAAAAUCUGUGAAUCACAUCCCAAACACCUAAAAUGUUUUGUAGAAUGAAUAUCACAUUUGAGCUUCUCGCAGUGAAGUCGUUUGAUUCGAUGAAGUGAUUCGUUUUUACUACUAACAAUAUUUUAAGCUUGCCUUCAACUUCAUUCUGUGCCAAACUCACCCUAACAGAAGCAAUAUUCUCAUUUGCAGUGUACCAUCUAAUGUUGGUGAACUUUAAAAGAUUUAAAGAAUGGUAAAACAUAACUUUACAAUGCAUGCUCAUGUAACGUUGGACAUACAAUCAAAUGAAUUGUUUAAAUAAAAAUGCUUUAUGUGGUUUGUUUAA